UGCUAGUUGCUACUAUCCAGCUUUGUAAUGAAGCUCCAUCCUAUAGGUUGUGGCUUAGUCUGGUAGUAUCACUGUCUAUGAGCAACAGUGACAACUAAUCAUCGAAUAAGCAGUAAUCUCCUAUGACUCUCAGACAAUAAAAUAUUUUUUGUUAGUGUAAAAGAAGUAUGCUAACAGAUAUUCAGUGUUUUCUUAUGACAUUGCUUCACACAUCCUUACGGAUCCAUUAGAUCCAAUAACCCUUGCAUUUGACGCCUUCAGCUCUAACACUAGGAGUUGGGACCCCGGCUACCGUACUUAACGAACUCUUUGUCGAGUUCGACGUGCAACCUAUAUUUGGAGGCCCUCGGGCAGCCGUUAGCAAAUCCCACCUCUCCUGGCUGAACCUCUGCUCGCCCACCUAUCCUGGUGAAAUUAGAGAGGCCUCCGGGCCACCAGUAAUCCCUCAUUCAUAAAAUAAUAAUAAACAUUGCUUCAACUUCACACAUCAUAAUUAAAAUCUGUUUUUUAAGGAUAGGAGCAUAUCAGUCUUCUUUCAAAAUUAAUUUAUCUGUGAAGUUGUGAUCAACAAAUGGAUACGCUAUUUUAUACUUUAAUUCCAAACAAAAAGAAGUAAAUUUCUUUGAAGAAAAUGUAAAUGAGGUUAACCACAUAAAAUCUACUAAAUCGGCUGUUUUGCCUGCUUGUUUAUUGUCGUUAAAUAUUUCCGAAUUUUAGUGAAAAUUUAAACAUGCCACCAAAAAAACAACCCGAAAAAGUUGCCAAAGGUGGCGGGAGCGCUAAAGGAAGUGGUGGUAAAACGAGUGGCGAUACAAAAGAAUCUGCAGCAAAGGAGAAAAAAGGUGGGACAGCUGUCAAAGUACGUCACAUACUAUGUGAAAAGCAAUCCAAAUGUUUAGAAGCGUUAGAGAAAUUAAAAGCCGGGCAAAAGUUUCCUGAUGUAGCAGCAGCUUAUAGUGAAGACAAGGCAAGGCAAGGUGGAGAUCUAGGCUGGAUGACCAGAGGUUCAAUGGUUGGUCCAUUUCAAGAUGCUGCAUUUGCUUUGCCAAUAUCAUCUGUAACUAAUCCAGUUUACACAAACCCGCCAGUUAAAACGAAAUUUGGUUAUCAUAUAAUUAUGGUCGAAGGGAAGAAAUGAAAGAAAUGUUUUUCGAAUUUGAAUAUUUUUGGGCAAUACUUUUGUUGUUUAUUAUGGAAAGGAUAUGUAGCCUCCAAGAGCAGUUUGAUAAAGAUUUAGCUCUGCUCCCUGAUGCCCAAACUUCAACACAGUCCUUUGAUGAUGACAUGGAAGAUUUCUCUAGCAGAGAGUAAGUUUCCCUUCUAUUAAUAUUCUGAAUUUGGUAUUUAUGUUAAACUACCUAAUGAUUUUUAGACUUUUCUUUGAAAAUUAUAUUUUUAUAUGAAUGGAUAUAGCUACAAAAUGAAAUUAUAAAUGAUUAAUUGAGUGUUAGUAAAAAAUAUCAAGUUUUAAAAUAUAUACUCUUUCCAGUUAUGGUUUGAAGAUGAGUUUCCUUCGUUUAUAUCAAAUGAUGCAUAUUACCAUAUUUCUGGCAUUGAUAUAUUUCUGUAACAUUUGCAUCUGGUACAUAAUGAGUAGAAAUUCAUUGCCCAAAAAUCUUGGUUACAAAUUCAAAGUAACAAUACCUUCAUAAUGUUUAAACAUUUUGUAAAUAUUCAUGUUUUAAAAAAAAUGCAUUUAUGAAAUAAAAAAUGAUUGAUAUUAAA